GGCAGAGUGAGGCUGGCUCCCUUUUCAGUCUGAAAAUUCGAAAGCAGUGGGGAAGAAAUGCUGGACCUAUCACAGCGAUGCUAACAGACAGCCUAUUACAGUAUUUAAUAAAAACAGAAGCAGCAUGCCUGUCAUAGGCUAAUAAAUCCUACCUCCUGCACGCUUUUAAAAACAGUCUGAAGCGGCUUCCACAGAGCUUCAGAGAACUAAUCUUAAGCAUGGCUGUCUAGCGUGCCCGUCACUCCUAUUGUCCUUCCAAACUCUUGCAGACAUUUUGAGCGAGGACUACUAAAGCCAUGAGUUAGCGAGGGUGUGACAUCAAUGGUCCACAAAGGCUGCCAGCACGAAGGGUAAAGAUGAGUGCCGGUGGCUGUGUGGAGGACUAUACGGGAUCGCUGCCCUUAAAAAUUAAGCGUGGCUUUUGAAGAAGAUGUGACAACUACCGGAGGUCUUUCUGCCACUCCCCCAGGACCUUCCACCGUGAGGAAAGGAGCUACAGGACCAACAUCCUCUAAGAUGUUUAUAUGGACCAGUGGCCGGACCUCUUCAUCUUACAGACAUGAUGAGAAAAGAAAUAUCUACCAGAAAAUCAGGGACCAUGACCUCCUUGACAAGAGGAAAACUGUGACAGCACUGAAGGCUGGGGAGGACCGGGCUAUCCUUCUGGGACUGGCCAUGAUGGUGUGCUCCAUCAUGAUGUACUUCCUGCUGGGAAUCACGCUGCUGCGCUCCUACAUGCAGAGUGUGUGGACAGAAGAGGCUCAGUGCACCCUGCUGAACGUGUCGAUCACAGAAACGUUUAACUGUUCCUUCAGCUGUGGGCCCGACUGCUGGAAGCUCUCUCAGUACCCUUGCCUGCAGGUCUACGUCAACCUGACUUCUUCCGGGGAGAAGCUCCUCCUCUACCACACAGAAGAGACCAUGAAAAUCAAUCAGAAGUGCUCCUAUAUUCCUAAGUGUGGAAACAACUUUGAAGAGUCCAUGUCCCUGGUGAGUGUCGUCAUGGAAAACUUCAGGAGACACCAACACUUCCCCUGCUAUUCUGACCCGGAAGGAAACCAGAAGAGUGUCAUCCUGACCAAACUCUACAGCUCCAAUGUGCUGUUCCAUUCUCUCUUCUGGCCGACUUGUAUGAUGGCUGGGGGCGUGGCGAUUGUUGCCAUGGUGAAACUCACUCAGUACCUCUCCCUGCUCUGUGAGAGGAUCCAACGGAUCAAUAGAUAAAAGAAAAAAAAUCAUGGAUAAGAUAUUUUCUUUAAAGCUCAAAUACUGUUUUCUUUCAUUCUUCACCAAAGAACCUUAAGUUUUCAAUGUGCAGUCUGUUUUGGGUUCCUUACUGUAUUAUUCUAAGUAGAGCAAUAAUGCAAAUGCAAACAUGAUGUCCUUAUUAUUCAGGAGAAUUAACUGUUCUUUGUCAGUCGGUUGUUUCAUUAUCUUGUUUUGAUGCUGGAACUAGUCCAGUCCUCUUUCCACCAGGACAGGGCUCAGCUGCUCAUUGCUAAGUCUUGUGGGAAAAUGGAGGCACUGUCCACAUGACAAGGUCUGCACUCUGAAUUUCCAGACCUCUUGAAGACCAGAUUUUUCUUCAUUUGUUGUUUACUAACGCUACAGCCAAAAACAUGCUUUUCUUUUCUUAUUCUGCAUUGAGCCCUGUAGCAAGUGACGGGGUGGUUUCCUGACUAAAGGGUGUUAAACUUUUCGUUAGUCUGUUUUCUAUUUUUACAUAUUACUGUAAUGAAGAGAGGAGGCCAGCUACUUUUCUUUCAUUCCUUUUUAUUCACAACUUCAGAUUUUUAAAAUGAUCUCCAGGUCUAUAAUGUCUUCCAAACAGAGCCCCUCUCCAUCUAUGACCCUGCUACUGUGCGGGAGACAAAGCUGGUGAGUUCAUUCCCAGUGAACUGACUGGGUGUUGGUAGGUAUUCCAUCGCAAUGUGGGACAGUCUAUGCUGCAAGGACACUUAUGUGACAUCCUAACUCCAUUUCCACUGGACGGUUAGAGGCAAACAUUAAUAUGCUAAAGACUCAUGGAUUCGUUGCAAUGGGUGAGUCUGUUACAGCAAAUUAUCAUGUUGGACUAUUACUCUGUGGUAAUUUAUGUUUCAGUGAAUGAAUGUGUAGUCUCUCCUGAAAAAUGUUGCCUGUUGGAGUUUAAAAGCUAUGUAUGCAGAAUCUUUGUCUCCUCUACAUAUUUUAUUUUUCUAUUCACGAUUCCCUUUUGGUUGUUAUAUUUUAUAUGCAGAAUAGACCUUUUUCCUAACACACAUUUGAAUCGAAUAACAGGUUUAAAGGAAGCCUUUCUUCACGUUGAUGUUUACUCAUUCUAUUUGCCGGGGGGAGGAGGGGUUGGUUUUAAAUAAAGGCAUUCCAUCUUUUAUUUAAUAUCAAUAUCUAAAGGAGAAGACAAACAUCUCUCUUUCUCAUCUAUAUUUAAGUACCCUUUUGUAACAUAGUAUUGAUGUUUUUUAGGUAAUUGCAAAAUUUUACAAAUCAUUUGUGGAAUGAAUGGUGAAACCAAUGAGGAAGCAGAAUGUUGUGAUUCAUAGUCUGACUUUUCAUAAGCAAAUAAAUGCCUAGGGUAUAAUCAGGA